CACACCAAUACUCGGCUGGCUUUAUCAUCAAUAAUUCUUUUAUUUUUCAAUUUUAUCUCUAUAUUUAUAUUUUAAUUUACUCAAACUACGUAAACUAAUUAAUUGUGCGUGACGUGUGUAAUAUACAUAUAUAUCCAUAUUAAAAUAUAUAUUUUUAAUUUCGUAUACGUAUUAUAAUAAUGUAUAAUAAUGCUACCAAUUACAAAAAUAACAAUAAAUGAUAACAAUCAUUGAGAGUUAUUGAAUUUUAAAAAAAUGAAUAUAAAUAAUAAUAUAUUAUUAAAAAAAAAAAAAAAAAAUUGUGAGCAUCAUUAUUGAAAGGAAUCCUUGCGAAUGCCGCCGGAUAAACAUAAUAAAUAUAAUAAAGACAAAGUUAAGAAAGCGUUAAAACUAUUAUAGCAGUAUUUAAAAUAGCAGUUUGUGGUAUGAGUGGUAAUAUAGUCGAGGAACUAUCGGCGACAAAUGUGCAGCAGGGUGGUAGUGCUAGUAGUGGUAGUGGUUCUAGUGGUUCUAGUGGUUCUAGUGGUUCUAGUAGUGGUAAUGGUUGUGGUAAUGGUGGUGGUGAAAGUGUAGGAGGCAUAAGUGUUAAUAUUAGUGUCAGCCUUUCUGAAGACCCUGACAUGGCAAGUGGACCUACUUCAGCAGCAUCUAAUCCAAAACCUCGCAGUGGAAAAAUAAAUUUUAGUGUCGACGCUUUACUCAGUAGUACUAAAAAAUCACCGAUUAAUCGUAAAGUUUGUAAUAAUGUUGAAAACGGGAGUGACGAUAACGACAACAAUUUUCCGUGUAUUGAAUUGUCUGAAAAAAAUAGUAGUCAAGAAUUACAGGAUGAAGCUCGUAGAUAUAGAGAUUUACUUAUUAUGGAACAAGAACGUCAAAGAAGUUUACAGAGCCGUCAAUUAUUGGCUCGAUUAAGCCCUUUGACCCCAAAUAAUAUUUCAGGAUUUUCUGCUUUUCACCACCAUCAUCAUCACCACCAGCAGCAGCAGCAGCAUCACCAUCAUUUUCCUCAUAAUAAUAAUAAUAAUAAUAAUAAUAAUAAUAAUAAUAAUAAUAAUAAUAAUAAUAAUAAUAAUAAUAGUAAUAGCAAUAAUAAUAAUAAUAAUCACCAUCAUCAUCAUCAUCAUCACCACCAUCAUCCUCACCAUAAUAAUAACAAUCAACAUCAUCAUAAUAAUCAUAUUUCACGUAAUACUUCUGGAUCAGAUAUUAUCUCAAGGUCAAAUAAUGUUAUUCGACAAGAUAAUAUUGUUAAAGAUUUGUCCUCUUUAAAAACUACCGAUGGAAACAAAGAUUCACGUUCGUCACCCGUCGCUAGUACUCGACUCUCGAUAACAGACGAACGAUUUGCUGGCGGUAAAAUUAUAAAUAAUAAUGGAAACAAUUCACCGAAACAAAUUGUUAAUCGUCGAUUAAGCAACAAUCGUAAUGAAGAUUUUCAUCAAGAAGAUGAUGACAAUGAUGAUAAUGAUGAUGAUGAUAAUGAUGAUGUUGAUGAAGGAGAAGAGGAGGAGGAAGCGGAGGCAGAGGUCGAGGCAGAGGGAGAAGAGGAAGAGGAAGAGGAAGAGGAGAGAAUAAUUAUGGAAAAUGAUUUAAUUUCUCCAAUGCGUCUAGAACUUGAUACUGAAAGAAGUAAUUCUGAAGCACCAAGAUCUCUUGAAGAAACAGGCGACGAUGGUAGUUGCGACAGAUUAAUUGAUGGUGGAAAUACUAGUCCAGGAUCAAGAUCAGAAGAUCUUAACGUUAUGGAUUCGGAUGAUGGUGAAAUAUUAAAACAUGAGCCUGAAGAUGAUAAUAAACGAAAAAAAGUAAAAUCUACCCCAGUAAUACCUCAACCAAUUCAUCCUGGUGUUCAAAGGCCUGCAGCAACAACUGCACUCGCAGCAGCAACAGGAUCUUAUUUAAGCACUCCACCGACAUCAUCCGGAUGGUCUCCUGCGGGAUUUCCGCAUUCUCUCGCUAGUUUUGCGUGGUUACCCCCACCUCCACAUCCUCAUAAUCCUCAUGGACAUCUGUACACGCCCCAAGGUGGACCCACAAGUCCAAAUGGAGAUCUUAGACUACCUGGGCCUGGUCCAGGACCCGUAAGAUGUACCUUGAGGAAACACAAACCAAAUCGGAAGCCAAGAACUCCGUUUACCACCCAACAGCUCCUUUCUCUUGAAAAAAAGUUUAGAGAAAAGCAGUAUCUUACGAUUGCAGAAAGAGCUGAAUUUUCAUCAUCACUUCAUCUGACAGAAACACAGGUAAAAAUAUGGUUUCAAAAUCGUAGGGCGAAAGCGAAACGACUACAAGAAGCGGAAAUUGAAAAGCUGAGACUAUCUGCAAGACCACUAUUACAUCCAAGUUUUAGCACAGGUCUCAUGUUCUCAGCUGGAGUCGGGCCCCCUGGCACUCCCGGUGGUGUGCCACCCUUCAUUGCAGCAGCAAUGGCCAGACACAGCCACGCAGCCGCAGCAACAGCUGCCAUGUUCAUGGCUCCGCCUGGACAUCGACCUUGAAUUAUAUAACUCUCUACUCAUUAAUCAUCAUUGUAUCAUCAUAUCAUCUUAUCAUUGUAUCAGAGUGUCAUCACCAUUAUCA